CGCGCCUUCCAACUUCAGCUUUCUGCGCCCUCUGCCCGUCUCUGAAGAGCGGAGGGGAAGAUGGAGACUGAGUCCCAGGCGCAAACAUCAAAUCAGACGCAAACCGAUUCAUUAUCUCCAUCCCCUAAUCCUGUAUCACCUGUGCCUUUGAAUAACCCAACAAGUGUCCCAAGAUAUGGAACUGUGAUCCCUAAUCGCAUCUUUGUAGGAGGAAUUGACUUUAAGACAAAUGAAAAUGAUUUAAGAAAAUUUUUUUCCCAGUAUGGGUCUGUAAAAGAAGUGAAGAUUGUAAAUGACAGAGCUGGAGUAUCCAAAGGGUAUGGUUUCAUCACUUUUGAAACUCAAGAAGAUGCACAAAAGAUCUUACAAGAGGCCGAAAAACUUCAUUAUAAGGAUAAGAAACUAAACAUUGGUCCAGCAAUAAGAAAACAACAAGUUGGGAUUCCACGUUCUAGUAUAAUGCCAGCUGCUGGAACAAUGUAUCUAACCACUUCAACUGGAUAUCCUUAUACGUACCAUAAUGGUGUUGCUUAUUUUCAUACCCCAGAAGUAAUUUCUGUUCCACCAUCCUGGCCU